AUGAAACUGGUGUUUGCGACUGUUGUCUAUGUGAGUGGAGUGUUUGCGACUGUUGUCUAUGUGAGUGGAGUGUUUGCGACUGUUGUCUAUGUGAGUGGAGUGUUUGCCACUGUUGUCUAUGACCCUGUAGAGUGCGGCACACAAUCAUGUACGCCAGGCUAUGUUUGCAAUAUUCAGGAGAAAAAAUGCGAAGUAAAAGAGCCUAAGGAUUGCGACGACAUCAAGGAGAUUGGUCAAAAUGAGACAAAAACUGAUGUAUUUAGGAUUAGACCGGACGGAACAUCAAGUUUCUUCGUCCGUUGUGACAUGGAGAUAUUAGGGGGUGGAUGGACCGUCAUACAGCGCCGAGUAUCGGGCUCUGACUUCUUCAAAGACUGGAAGACCUAUCAGGAAGGUUUUGGUAACCUUGAUACAAACUUCUGGCUUGGCCUUGAGCAGAUUCAUUACCUAUCUCGACAAGAUCGGUACGAGCUGCGAGUCGACAUGACGGACUACGAAGGGACAACUAAAUAUGCCAGCUAUAAUGUGUUCGAGCUGGGAGAUCUGUCGUCUGGUUAUGAGCUUACCGUUGAUGGGUAUUCAGGAACAGCCGGAGACAACUUGUCUUCUCACAAUGGUCAACCAUUCUCCACCUACGACAAUGACAACGAUAACACUGAUAAUAAUUGUGCUGUAUUAUACGUAGGUGCAUGGUGGUACAAAACCUGUCACCAAUCGAACCUCAAUGGAGACUACGGAAACGAUGAUUUUGGGAAGGGCCUGAACUGGUUGAAUUUCACCACCUACUACAAAUCUCUGAUUUCAAGCGAGAUGAAGAUUAGAAAAGUAUCAACAUAA